AUGGAUGAUGCCUGCACGACACGCCCACCAUGGCAGCACACGGUGGCGACAACUCGACGGCGAGUCGUCGCUCGUCGCUGGCGGCGCGAAACGCUUCUCGCGACGCGGCUCACUCACGCUCGACCCCGCCGCCUUCUCCAUCCGUUACUCGCGCUCCCCGCCGUUUUCCUUCUCCUCCUCGCGUCGCCGCGCGCGCUCGUGCGAUCCCGCGUUGUGCUAUCGGGGGACGCCAACCUCCGCCUGCCCGCGACCGCUGCCGCGAGAGGCGCGGCGAGUGGCGCAGGCAGCGCGGACGCGGCGGCGUGGCCGUCCACCCGCGAGGGAGCUCCCCCGGGGAAACCAUUCAGUUCCGCUUCCACCGCAGGCUCGGAUUCGGAUUCAGCUUUGGAAUCGGGCUCGGCGGCUUCCAGGCGGGUUGCCUCGCACGCGCAAUGGGCGGCGGCGAUCGCGGAGUCGCUGACGCGGAGAGAGCGGGAAGACGGGGACGGGGAGACGGGAGGGGAAGACGAAGACGAAGGGCGGACGCCGCGCGCGGGGCUGAAGCGAGAAGCAGUUGCGGGGAGGGCGGCGCCCAUCGUACUGCCCCUGCAGCGGCAGGUGCGGCGAGCGCACUCGCGGGAGCGGAAGACAGGCGGGGGUGGGCGUGCUGGGGCAGGGGAGGCGCCGCGAGAGGGGGGAGGCGGAGAGGCGGGAACGCGGAGGCGGCAGUUGCGGGGGCUGCCGCUUGACCUGCGGGGGUCCGUCCUGGAGCUGGGGUACUACUACGUGACGCUGUACCUGGGGUGGCCGCCACAGCGGUUUGCGCUGAUACGGGCAGCAGCAUCACCUACGUGCCCUGUGCUGCCUGCACGCACUGCGGUAACCACCAGGUGCGAUGCAGCAACCACCAAUUGGAGAAGAGGAGAUUGUGUGGGCACUGGUGGGCGCGCAGCACUGGUGGGCGCGCAGCACUGGUGGCACUGCAAGCUGGUGCUUGAACCCAUCCACCGACCCUCCGUACCCAACCUGCCUCUCUGCUCCUACCCACCCUCCCCCACUCUCACCUUCCCUCUCCCCCUUUCCUCUCUCGCCCCUCGCUCUCCCAACCUUUCCUUUCUCGCCCUCCCCACGUCGCAUCGCCCUCGGCCCAACCAGGAUCCGCGCUUCAACCCGGCGCUCUCAGCGUCGUACGCCACCAUCCCCUGUGCGCACCACCGCUGCCUCACACAUGCCUGCUCGCCCGCGGGGCUGUGCACGUACCACGGCGUGUACGCCGAAGCCAGCUCCACUCGCGGCCUCCUCGCCUCCGACCUCCUCUCCUUCGCCCCGCCCCCCCUCUCCCCCUCCGCGCCACACCCUGCUGCUGCACAGCCCCACGUGCCAGCAGGGGGGGUGCAGGAGGCGCACUCACCUCUCCAGCCUACACUGCCUGCUGCCGCAGCUGUGCCCCUCAACGCCUCUCAGGCGUCGUCCUCUCUGGCAGCGGCAGCAGCAGGGCGGGCGGGCGAGAGAGUGCUGCUGGCGGGUGCAGAGGAGGCGGGGGCGGGCGGGGAAGAAGGGGGGGCGGAGGGUGAGGGGGGAGGAGGCGAGGGAGAGGGCGUGACUCGCACGGCAGAGCGGGCUGCACCGGAUGGCCCACGGCUCGUCUUUGGGUGUCCCUCUGUCCCCUCUCCCAUUCCCCCCCCACGGGUGUGCGAGCUGCAGGAGACGGGCGACCUGUACCUGCAGCGCGCGGACGGCAUAGUGGGGCUGGGCCGGGACGCGCUGUCGCUGCCCAACCAGCUCUUGCUCGCCGGGGUCAUGCGGGAAGACGUCUUCUCCCUCUGCUUCGCCGCCCCUGCUGACCCCCAUGCGGCUGAUGGUGUUGAGCAUGGGGCUUAUCUUGGUGCGGCUGAUGAGGUGGACGGCAGUAGCAUUGGUGGCCACACGCUGGUUAGCGUUCGUGUGGAGGGGGGGUUGGCAGGCACGGCGCAGCAUGGGCAGGGGGGAGGGGAAGGCGAGGGGGGAGGGGAGGGGGGGGUUGUGGACGUGGAGGGCGAGGGGGGCGAGUUGAUUCUGGGGCGCGCGGAGGAGCUGCCCGGCACCGUGUGGACGCCCCUGCUGCCCUCCGCCAGCGAGACCCCGUACUACAUAGUGAGUGUGGAGGAGAUGGUGGUAGGGCAGGAGCGCGUGGCGGUGGCGGCAGCGGUGUGGGAGGAGGGGCCAUACGGGGGGGUGAUGCUGGACAGCGGCACCACCUUCUCCUACCUGCCCUCCCCCGCCUUCCACGCCUUCGCUGCCCUCGUGCGGGCGGCCGUGCCUCUCCCCCAGGUACCCGGCCCUGACACGCGCUACUCCGACGUCUGCUUCGCCAAUGUCUCCUCCGUGGGCGGCAUGAACCGGCUGUUCCCGGCGGCCACCAUAGUGUUUGGCAACGGAGCAGCGCUGCACCUGCGGCCGCACAACUACCUCUUCAAGCACAAGAAGCAUGAGGACGCGGUGUGUCUGGGCGUGUUUGACAACGGCACUGGAGGGGCGCUCAUCGGAGCCCCCAAGCCCCACCACUCGCAGGCUGAGGAGCAUGAGGAGGAGGGUGAGGAGGAGAGUGAGGGGAGCGAAGGUGGACGUGGUGGCAGCAGCAAUGGUGAUGGUGGCACGGACGGAGCCCUUGCUGCAGCGCAGCAGCACCUGCUCACUCCGGCCGGCCAGUGGUCGUCCUGCACACACACCCCCAUGAGCAUCGUCAAGGAGGCUUCCAGGAAGUACACCACCAUCCGGUGGCGGUGCACGGGCAGGGGCGGGCAGCGCGUGCUGUGGGACGCGGAGGAGGCGGUGGGGAGUGCAGUAACAGCCGUGGGUGACAGCGAGGCGGACAGGGGAAUGGCGCACGGGAGGGUGGAGGGGGUGGGGGCAGCAGGUGCAGAUGGGGAUGGGGGCGAGCAGGCUGGUGUGGCAGCGUCAGGUGCAGGGGUGGAGGGGGGCGAGCAGAGGGACGCAGCAGAGUGGAGCGGUGGGAGUGAGGGGCAGCACAGUCAGAGUCACAGCCACACGCACCUGCUGCUGCACCUCGUCUUCUCUGCCCGCCAUCCACCCCUGCUGCUGUCACCCCCACCCAGCACCUCUGCCCCCUCCGCUUCCGCAGCACCGCUCUCACUCCCACCGUCUGUCUCCACCACCCCGCCGCUCCCCACCGUCCUGCCAGCGCUGCUGCCAGCGGUGGCUACCGCCCUCCUGGUGCGCCCCAGCCGGAUGGCACUGGCCGCCUUCUCCUCCUCCACGCUGCUGCUGCCCUCCGCGCCGCGCACAGAGGGGGAGGAUGCCCACGAUCGUGGGAGCACGGGUGAUGCGCACGACAGUCAGCAGCAGAGGCAGAGGCACUUCACCACGGCGUCCCUCACCCUCGACUGCCCCUCGCCACGCUCCCACCGCACAGCGCCACCACGCACCUGCUCCCACGAGGCACAGCGCCUGGCACGGCUGGUGCGGGCGGGGCGGUGCCAGGGCGUGGGGGAGCGCGUGCAGAGGGCCAUGCGGGGAGAGGGGACGGUGGAGAAGCUGGGCAGUGGUGACUUGCCCGUGCUGCUGCGCUGCUCCCUGCACACGCUGCUUCCCGCUGCUGCUACUGCUGCUGCUUCUGCUGCUGCUGCUGCGUCCACCCGCUCCCCACCUGACCAUGGCGGCACUCCUGCCCUCUCUGACUCGCCUCUCACUACUUCCUCACACGCUGCUGCCGCCCAGCCUCAUGCAGCCUCGGCGGCGAGUGGCAGCAGCAAGGCCAAGGAGGGAGGGGGGCUGCCUCACGAGCAAUGGCAGGCAGAGUAUGGGCACGAGGAGAGCCGCGGGGGAGGGGCAGCAGCAGGGGUGAGAGGUGCAGGUGAAGGGCAGAUGGGCGGGGUGGGGAAGGGAGAAGCAGAUGGAGGGGAGGAGGAGGGGCAUGGGGUGGUGGGAGAGGUGGUGAAUUCGGUGAUGUGGGGGGCGGCAAUGCACGGAAGGCAGCAGCAGAGCGUGCAGGAGGGCUCUGAUGUGCCUGUUGUGCGCCCCAUCACCCUCACUCUCAGGCAGGACAACGGAGCCUCAUCCAUAGCUGCUACUGGAGCAACGCCCCCAACACCAUCAGCUGUAGCAGCAGCUGUGGUCCCGGCUGUAGCGCGCAUGCAGGAGGAGCAGCGGCUGCAGUGGGCGGCGCUGGUGGUGGUGUACGCGCUGGUGGCCGUGUGCCUCGCUCUCAUCCUCCGCCUGCAGUUCAGACGAGGGGCCUUUGGCAUCGCCAUCGCCACCGUUGCUGCCGCUGCUGCUACUACAGGGGGGGUGUCUGCUACACGGCCCCAUCAGCUGUGCUCGCACUCACCCUAUGGGACCUGUUCGUGCCCUGUGGCAAAGCGCGCUGUGGACCGCUGCCAGGUGUAG